UUCACAGUGUUGCUGCUCUCUCUUCUCAACUAUGAACCCUAUUCCACGAAAGCAUGGGAUGAAGAAGGCUUCUUAAAGAGUUGUUCAUCACAGCGGUGCAGCAAACAUGGACCAGAUAUACGGUUCCCCUUCAGGCUUUCAACCCACGAUCCAUCAUGUGGCAUGCCUGGCAUGCAGUUGUCAUGCUCUGGGCAUGAUACAAUCCUGGAUCACCCUGUCUUAGGCUCCUGCAAAGUGACCGCAAUAUAUUACAGGUACCGUGUCAUAAAUGCCAUCCUCCUUGUGGAAUCAUCAUCAAAUUGCCCACUUCAGAAGCUCGCUUCAACAAAUGUAUCAACUGCCGUGUACGAACCUCAAAAGAAAGAUGGUGCAACCAUAGUAGGGUGUUCAAAAGAUUCCAUAGCAACAAAUCAAGAUGGUAUUGUUGGCCCAAGAUCUUGCCUCAACCUAAGUAGUCAUGGAAGCCAGUUAUGGUAUUUGGUGCCUCCUCGAACAUACAUGUCUGCUCUUCCACCGGACUGCACAGUGGUUGCGAAAGGCAUCCCAAUACCCUACAAUUAUGAUAGAAAUGGUCCAAAUGAAAAUCAAUACCUCGACAUCUCAAACUUAAAAGAAAAGGCAAAUAAAGUCAUCAACUUUGGUGAAACAGCAUUUACUUGGCACCUUAACAAGAUUACCAAUGCUUGUCAGGGGUGUGAGUGGAAUGGUCAUCACUGCGGAUUUAGUUCACAAAGGGGCCAGGCAUUCUGCCAGCAUCAAGGUUCACAAGUCAUCCUCAUUGCAGCUACAUCCUCAGCAGCCACACUAGUUGUUCUUUUGCUGAUGGUGGGCACAACAAUCUAUCUUUCACUAAAGACAAGAUAUAAUGAAGAGAUACAUUUGAAGGUCGAAAUGUUUCUCAAGACAUAUGGCACAUCGAAACCCACAAGGUAUAGUUUCUCUGAAGUUAAGAAGAUUACAAGACGGUUCAGGGAAAAGAUAGGCCACGGUGGGUAUGGAAAUGUAUACAAGGGUGAGCUACCAAAUGGAGUGCCCGUGGCAGUUAAGAUGCUAGAAAAUUCCAGAGGCGACGGGCAGGAAUUCAUCAAUGAAGUUGCAACCAUUGGAAGAAUCCACCAUGCCAAUGUGCUUCGUCUUUUGGGUUUUUGCUCAGAAGGAACAAGACGCACUUUAAUUUAUGAAUUCAUGCCAAACGACUCAUUGGAGAAAUACAUAUUCUCACAAGGUCCUAACGUGUCACGGGAAUUCCUAGUGCCUGACAAGAUGCUAGAUAUCUCUUUAGGCAUUGCCCGAGGAAUGGAGUACCUACAUCAAGGGUGCAAUCAACGCAUUCUACAUUUCGAUAUCAAGCCUCAGAACAUUUUGCUAGAUUACAGCUUCAAUCCAAAGAUUUCAGAUUUUGGACUUGCGAAACUGUGUGCAAGGGAUCAAAGCAUUGUCACACUGACUGCAGCAAGAGGCACAAUGGGCUACAUUGCACCAGAACUGUAUUCUCGGAACUUUGGGGUGAUAUCUUACAAGUCAGAUGUAUACAGUUUCGGUAUGUUGGUUUUAGAAAUGGUGAGUGGAAGAAGGAAUCUGGACCCAGGUAUUGAUAACCAACAUGAAGUUUAUUUUCUAGAAUGGAUUUAUGAGAAAGUAUUCACUGGGCAGAACUUAUUGAUUGGUACGGAAAUGACACAGGAUGAAAAAUACAAAGUGAGGAAACUGGCAAUUGUGGCACUAUGGUGCAUUCAGUGGAACCCCAAAAACAGGCCAUCAACGACCCAGGUGGUUAACAUGCUAACAGGAAGGUUGCAGGAUCUGCAGAUGCCUCCUAAACCAUUUGUCUCAUCUGCAAGCGAAUCUAUACCAUAAAAAAAUGAAGAUAUCACCACGGUUGGCACAUG